CCACCACAACGGUGUAUCAUACGCAACUUUACUUUGCAUUUUUGCAAUGAGGCUGUUUCCAAGGCUUGAACCCGCGACCUUCUGGUUACAUGAUAACAACUUUAUCAGUUACUCCAAAGGUUCCCUGCAAAGUUGAAACAUGACUAUAUUCUAUCGUUAAUUUAAGGCGACAAAGUUUAAAAGUAAUUUUUACUUUUUUAAAACUUUGUGCGAAGUUAAACAUGACAAUCAAGUUGAAACUGAGAGAGUAUUAUAUUUUACCACGACAAUGAUCUUUAUCUUUUCCAAGUAUUUCAUCUCAUCAUCACAUUACACUACAAAAACUAACAAUUUGCGGCCAUGAACACCACACUACAUAGAAUCAUUCUGGCAAUAAUAUAUCCCUAUCCUGAGCUAGCUCUACAAAAUCUUGUGAUGUUCAUGAAAUUUUGAAAAUAGACAGUUGUUAUCCUUGACCACGUCUUUGGACAAAGACCACUUUUUGCUUAUAUAAGCAGAAGACCCAACUAAAUAAUUCAGUAGGUCCUCCAAGAAAGUACAUAACAAUAAGCUCUUUCUUAGAAAUUUCCCUUUUUUUAGCCUAUCUGGCCAAUCUUUACAUAUCAAGGCAAGUCACCAUCACUAUCAUUUCUCACAAAUUAUGAAUCCAAACAGUUAUAAAUCACAUCAAUAUGUAUUUCCAUGCAUCAUUCAAAGUUAUCCUUUCAAACAUAGGAACUAUUCACCUAGCAAGUGAUACAGUUUCUCUUCAAAGUUGAAGAUGAUAAAACCUGUAAAGAGUUGCCUGAUACUGUCACUCAAGAUUGCAAACUUAACAAUAGGACUUAUGGGCAUUGCUAUGCUUAUUUACAGUAUAUGGAUGAUUAGAGUUUGGCAGCGCGAUGCUGCCAACUCGCCAUCAUCCCCUGAUUAUGCCCAGUUUCCUUGGUUUAUCCAUGCAUUUCUUGGUGUUGGCAUUGCUUUGUGUGCAAUCACUUUCCUUGGUCAUGUUGCUGCACACUCUGCCAACUCCUGUUGCCUCUCAUUUUACAUGUUCCUCAUACUUGUGCUGCUUCUAUUAGAGAUUGCUAUUACAGCUGAUGUUUUCUUGAACUCUGACUGGGAAAAGGAUUUACCAGAAGAUCCAUCAGGAAGGUUUCAUGAUUUCAAGGAUUUUGUGAACUCGAAUGACGAUGUGUGCCAAUCAAUAGCCUUGCUUUGCUUUCUAACACAGGGGUGUUGUAUUCUAUUGGCUACAAUUCUAAGAACUGUUGGGAAAAUUAAGGAAAAUAGUCAUGAGAAUGAAGGUGAAUAUGCAGAACCAACAGCUCCACUUCUGAGACCUCCAGAACUGCCACCAAAUUCUUCACUGUAUCCAUAUGUUAUUGGUGAACCAGUUAAUAUGGAACCACAGUCUGUCUACAAGAUUGUUUGAGUUCUGGAAGACAAAGAAGAAGCUUAAGUGUGAAGUGUGGAGGCAGCAUUACAACUAGCAUAACUAAAAUAUUGAACAUGAAGUUUGGAGAUUGGGACUUAAGAUGUAACCUGCUUAGGCAGAAUUGAUCAUGCUAUGCAGCUUCUCCAAUUGCUUAAGAUUGAAUUUUAUAAGAAGCAGAUAAAACCAUAUUGUAUAUUAGAUAGUACUAGUAGUACUUUGCAAGCUUUAUGUUUCGAGUGGUGUUGCUUCAUUUAUCACAGUGAAUUAUAUUUGCUGAA